AUGCUUAUUCAUAGAUUAUUUCAAAGUCGAUGGUUUUUAGUAUUAUUUGCAUUGAUUCCAUUAAUAUUUUCAAUAAUAAAUUAUUAUAAAAACUCCAAUUCAAUAAAUAAUUUAUUCUCGUUUAAUAAAAAUAAAAAUAUUUUAAUAAAAAUAUUUGAAAUAAAUGAUCGAGAACCAACAUUUAAAUUAGUAACAUAUCAAGGAUAUAAAUUUCCAUUAGAACGAAAUCGUGCACAAACAUUAUUAACAAAUCAAUUAAAACUUCAUCAAACAUGUCAAAAACAUCCAAAUACAACUAUCGUUGAUAUUGGAGCAUCUUUAGGAGAAUUUGGUUUAUAUGCUGCUGCAUGUGGAUGUCAAGUAUUUAUGUUUGAAAUUGAACCUAGAAAAUUUUCAUUUAUUGAAAAGUCAAUUAAAAUUAAUAAAUUUGAGUCGAAUGUUCAUUUAAUAAAAAAAGCUGUUACUGAUUUAAGAGAAAAUAAAAAAAUUUAUUUUAGUAAAAACACAAGCAGUCAAUUAUCUUCUAUUGAUAAUUAUAAUGAGAAUGAUAUUUAUUUUGGUGAAACAAUUAAUUUAAAUAAUUAUUCAUUUCCAUCAUCAAUAUAUUUACUACGAAUUGAUGUGCAAGGUUACGAAUUACAUGUAUUAAGAGCAAGUGAAAAUUUAUUUCGUCAACACCUUGUUCAUCAUCUAAUUUUUGAAUAUACUAAUUGGGGAACAACCAGAAAUGUUCACAAAGAUAUAUUUGGUUAUACUAAAAUAAUUCUUCAUGCAAAAGCAUUUUAUGCGCUUCAUCCAAAUAAACCAAUUAUUUAUGGGCCCUUAAAUGACGAAGAUUUAAAUCAAUUUGAUUCUCAACAUCGUAAAAAACAUUUACAAAGAGAUAUUUAUGCAUCAUUUAAAGAUCAACAAACUAUUACUAAUGCAAUACCUUAUAAUUUUCAUUCCUCUUUUUAA